AUGAAGCGGCUAUUGAUUGGGCGGCUGCAGAAAUAUCUGAAAGAUAACCCGCCGGGAGCGAAAGAGUUAGAAGACGAAUCGGAAGCUGUCGAAAGAUCCACUAACAACGCCGCGUUAUUCCGCGAAGCAACUCUGCGCAGCGGCCUGAGAAUCUCUGACGACGACAUCGACAAUGCUGAGAUGACCUUUGCCACGCAAUCGUAUACGGCGUGGCUCCAGGAUAACCUCAAGUCGCAAGACUGGUUCGCACUACACGUGAUGAAUAUUCCCCGCUACUUCGGGUGGAAAAUGCUUGCAGCCACGCUAGCUCGCUCGCCGAAGACCAAGAAAGACACGCCAUUCUACAGGUAUUGGGUCGAACCGAAUAACGAUAUCGAGUUCGGAGUGAGGCUUUCAAACUUUCUUGAUAACAACGAGGCCAGGUACUACUCACCGGAGAACUAUCGCACUUGGACAAAGCUGUUCCGAGAGGGUCUGAAGCAUGAGAUUGAUUCGUUCAACAGCGCCAUUGGCAAGACGCUGAAGGAUGUUCCCGAGGGACAGCUGUGGGCCAAACUAAGAUGGAAGUACAUACAGAUGCGUAUCAAAGCCAAAAAGAUCUUUGGCUGA